AUGAGUAUUGAAGAGGCCAAUAUCGUCGUUCCUUUGGAUGUCGCAGUUAAUUUGGGCGAUGAUUAUGACUACCGCCUUGACAAUGAUAAUGUGGACGGUGAAGUCAUUCCUUCAGACGAUGACCACAAUGAAGAUGAAAGAAUGCAAGAAGGAGGUGACGAGUCUGACACAGACGAAGAGGGAGACCGACACGUUAAUCCUCAGUCUCAGAUGGCACCUCAUCCUGCUGAUCAACCCGCGGCACCAGUGAAUGUCAAUGUUGAAACCCAAGGCCACCCAAACACGGCCCCAUUCUGGAGUGCUUCUUCGCAUUAUACAUAUAUUAACUGGGAUCACCCAGAUGAAGAAACUGAUUUUUAUUCUGAAACGGAUGUGAAUGGAUCAUGGAAGCUUGGUGAUGACUUAUGUAAAGGUUUGAUUUUUGAAAACAAGCGUGUUGUACAGGAUGCCCUGUUACACUAUUGUCUUAGACUAAAUCAAACUUAUAAGAUGACUGAAUCCAAGCCAUAG